GGUUACACCUACCUCGGCUCGAGCCGUUACCUAUGACGAGGAGUCAUGGAAACCAUCGCCCGAAGAUGCAUCAAAAGAAUCUAAAGACGAAAGAGACUCCCUUCGUUCCUCGGAAAUUCGACAAAGCAAAACAAAAAGAGUAAAAAAUUAUCUUAAAAAGUGCAAAAGCGUAUUGGGCAGCAGCAAAUCCGCGAGUUUAGACGUUUCGUCAGUUAGCAGUGACAGUGUCUGUGGUUCGUCGUGGUAUUUGGAAGAUAAUAAUUCGGAAAUUAAAGAAGGAAAAAUCAGUGAGUUGUCGGAUGUUUUCGAAGACGCGCAGGUCUCUUUAAAUGUUAAAGAUUGUAGUAGUGUGUUUCAAGUUGCUAAUAUUGUCGAAGUGAGGGGACCGCCGGAAUCUGAAUCAAUUAAAACAGAAAAUUUAGAUAAAGCUAUUAACAAAACUAUUACUGUUUCGGAAGGAGAAGAAGAGAUCGAAAUUGAAAUAAUUAGAGAUGAUAAAGUUGAGGAGUCUAUUGAAGAGAAUGAAAAUGACUAUAAAAUUGCAGAACCGGAAAUUACCUCCCCUGUCUUGAAGGAAUUGCAAGAUCAGGAGGAUGGUGGCAGCCGUGGUAUUGAUGAGGGGUGUCAACAGAAUAUAGUGGAAGAAGGUGCUGUAUCAAUGAUUAAAAGCGACGUAGAAGGCCUGGUUGACAAAUAUUUCGGAAGUUUGUACAAGAAUUACGAACAUUCCAGAAAAUGUUUAGUCAGGCAAGCCAGGGAUGUGCUGGUCUGUGAAUAUCAUGGAUGCCUGCAAAAGUUCGAGGGUGAAUUUUGUAUCAAAGCUGAAAAACUCCUGCAGCAUAUCAAGUAUGGUCACAAUUGCGACACCUCCAUACCUACAGGAUGGCCCUUGUGCCUUGGCAAAUCCGGUGUAGUGGUACACCUAGGUCCGCUCGAUCCCUCCAAUGUGAGAAAUAGAGACUGCUACCUUUGUGUUCGAAACCGAAGUGCCACUGGUUUAGAAGUUACCCUAUUUUGGAGGCAAGAUCACGAACUUCAUUGCCACACCAUAGCUCAUUUUCGCGAUUCUACUCAAUCUUUAGAUGACAUAAUGUGUUCGAACCUCAGAUCCAUCGCGGAUCUCGAGAUAACCUCCUACGACGACUACGAUGGCACAGAACUACCGGAAAUGCUCCAGAACUUACUGGUGUCCGUCGAACAUGCCAUUAGGAGAGUGCCUUUAGACGAUUUGACGUUUCCGUGUCCUCAGUGUCACCAGUACCUGCCUCUGGAUAGACAGGAGGACGACGUCAUGUCUUGCGCGUGUCAGUGUUCUUGUAGAUUACCGGAAAAUCAAGUCCUUAAAAAAGACUCUUGUAUACAGACUAGUCCGAUGUUCGAAUUUGUCGGAUCGAUACCGCAUAUCGAUAGUGAUGAAGAUGACGAAAAGGAAUCUAUUAAAUCAGGAACAUUAAAUAAAAAGUUGGAAGUGGCGCGGCCUAAACGAAUUAGUGAACUUCCAGAUAAACUGUUGAUGUCAGGAAUAAAUUUACCAGGAACAACAGAUAUCAAUGGGAGUCCCAUAAUUUUAUGUUAUGCCGAAUGUAUUACGAGAGCUGGACUGAACAAAUACGAAGUUGCAAAACUUCUUCUAUAUUACUUUUCAAUACCGACGACGGACUUUAGAGAAAAAGGCUUCACAGUGUUGCUUCUAGCCGAGAAUGCAGCAGAUUAUAAGGCUGUGGAAAUUCUAGAUAAAUCAAUUUGUCUAGUAGGAAAUUCUGCCAACGUCAACAGAUUUCUUAUUUGGACACCUGGUCCCAAAGGAAUUAAAGAAGUGAAGAAACUGGCAAGCAAAGUUGAGGUUGUUCUUCUUGCCGACGAAUCUUCUUUAAAUAGGUACAUCAAUAAGGACCAAUCACCGGCGAGUUGUGGUGGCGUCUGUACACACGACCAGCUCGAAUGGGUGGAAUUUUUCAAACAGCUAGAACCGUUUUUAUUCGAAUGUAAAACUACUGGAAAAACGUUACUGACGACUUUGUCACUGUUAAGGAACGAGGAAGUACCCCAUCAAAUUACCCGCAGGUUUCUGAACCACCAAUGCAGACAAAUCACAAAAGCUCUAGAAUUCGAUAACGUUCAAAGGCUGAGAAGGGAUGGGCGAAACACAUUGAACAGUCUCGAAGAGAGGAGUCAGUGGCUGGCUUCUAGCAAGGACGUCCAAAGGGCGAAAACUUACGCUUGCGAUUCCUUUAAUGCUGUUGAGAGAGUUACCAAAAGAUUGGAGCACUUAAAGCAGGAAAGGAUGGACCAUAUGAAAGAGCUUGCGAAAUUUCGAAAUUUGCAGGAAGAUGGCGAUGAGCUGCUCUCAUGGACUAAGAAAAUCGGCGAAGAAACUCUUAACAGUUUGACGUUACUGUUGCGGGCUGCCGGAGAUGCUGCAGCUGUUAAAGAAGUCGCCUACGAUUUCGAGAAAUUUUUCUUUAACGCAUGGAGACAAAUCGAAAAAUCGAACGACCUGUUCGAAGAAUGCAAGAACAUAACUGACGCCAAAGGUCAACAAGUUAAAGAAUUUUUCGGCAACCUUCAUAUACAGAUGAAGGCUUUUAGAGAAAAAUUGGAGGACACCAGAGAGAGAAUUGAAGACAGUUCGAGAUGUUUUUUGCUGCUAGAUACUUGCCAAAAUAUUUUGGAAGAUGAGGGUAAAGAACAACAGGAGUUUCUAAGGCUGGCGCAGAAUUCUGCUAAUGAAAAAUUACUGCAGUUAUAUAGAACUGUUCAGAAAGCCAACAGUGCUACAAACAACCCAAAUCAGCCGCCCGAUAAGGAAAGAAACGAACAGGAUAAAAGCCCUCCAUAUUCGUCAAUGGAAAUAAGCGCUGCCAGCACUCCUGUCAAGCAACCUACCCAAAUAAGAAGAAGAUCCGUCAGUUCUUUGGCCUUCAUUUAUCACUGCAAUCACCACGCAGCCGGAGAAAUGUGCAAUUGCUGCGAAUCCGAUACAGAAAAUACCGUUUCUUACAAACUAAAGAAAAAGUACAUUCAAACCUUGCAGAAUUGCAAUUGCAACUCUAAAGAAACAUUAGAAAGAAAAAAUAGUGGUACUCUUGGAGGCAUCAAGGAGGAGAGCGUUGAAAAUAUAUUGGAAAAAAUUAAUUCGGAGCAUAACGACUGUAAUAGGUGUGAUAGUGGUGUUUCAACUGCCGAGAAUUCGGUUGGCGACGAAAUCAACUACAAUAAGAAGAAGCUGCAAAGGAUAUGUUCGUGUCAAUACUUUAGAGAAAGUUGCAAUUUAUGUAGUGCUGGUAGCUCCAGUACCGGUUCGAAUCAGGAUAAUACGGAGAACCAGCAGGAUAGUAUAAUUGAAGAAGGAAGUGAUGGAUGCAUUAAAAGUAGCAGCAGUGAUGAUAUCGAAGAAGAUCACUUUGUGGAAGAAAGAAGGAAAGUACCGCCUGUUUCUGCCAACAACCACCUCUACUGCCAUUCUUCCUCUUUAGACUUACCCUCAGAUGCCUUAUACCAUAACAUGGAUCCAAAGACUCAAAAAACCCUUACAUACAUAAUCAAUGAGAUGAUCGAAACCGAACGAGACUACGUAAAAUCUCUAGACUACGUCAUAGUUAAUUACAUUCCCGAAUUGCAAAGAGAAGAUAUACCCCAAGCCUUAAGAGGUCAAAGAAACACGGUUUUCGGUAACGUGGAAAAGAUAUACGAAUUCCACAGCCAACAUUUCCUGAACGAGUUAGAAGAGUGCAUUAAUAAUCCGUUACAAGUUGGUCAAAUAUUUUUAAAAUACGACAAAAGGUUUUAUUUGUACGCCCUGUACAAUAAAAAUAAACCCAAGUCUGAUUCGUUAAUGUCUGAGUAUGGAUCGUCAUUUUUUAAGAGCAAGCAACUGGAAUUGGAAGACAAAAUGGACCUAGCCAGUUAUUUGCUCAAACCGGUUCAACGAAUGGGAAAAUAUGCUUUGCUGCUCCAACAAAUGAUGAAGGCUUGUCCUAUAUCAAAUCUUAAUCCUUCAGAGAGGGGUAUACAAGAUAUCGAAGACUUAAAACAAGCCGAAGAAAUGGUUAGGUUUCAAUUAAGACAUGGAAAUGAUUUAUUGGCUAUGGACUCUAUAAGAGAAUGCGAUGUCAAUCUAAAAGAACAAGGUCGUCUACUCAGACAAAACGAAUUCUUAGUUUGGGAAGGUCGCAGUGGUAAGAAAUCGCUUAGACAGGUGUUCUUAUUUGAAGAAUUGAUAUUGUUUAGUAAAGCAAGAAGAUUCCCAGACCGAAAGAAUCUCGAUUUGUAUAUAUACAAAAAUAGUAUCAAAAUGACUGAUAUUGGAUUGACUGCUAAAAUAGGCGAGAGUCCAACCAAGUUCGAAAUAUGGUUUAGAAAACGAAAACCCAACGAUACGUUCACUCUUCAGUCGAUGACGGAGGAUGUCAAAAAAAUAUGGACCGAGGAAUUGUCUCAACUCCUGUGGCGACAAGCCAUUAAAAAUAGAGCUGUCAGGAUGGCAGAAAUGUCCUCGAUGGGUAUUGGAAAUAAGCCUUGUUUGGACAUUAGACCAAGUGAUAACCAAAUUAGCGAUCGGUCUAUAAGCUUUGCUCAACUAAGUCGAACUGUGCCCAGAUUCCGCAAUUCCAUAGCAAGUUCGAUCACCGAGAGUUGCCGAACAGUAACCAGACCUCAAUCCGUUAUUUCAAUGUCGAGCGUUUCGUCGAGCAGUACAAGUUCUGGCGGAUCUGCGGGUUCUGCCGGAACGUCCAUAGGACCAACUAAUAACCAAUUAAGUCUAAGUUUUGAGAAUUCUUGCGACAGUUCACAAACAUAUCACAAAUCGUCAACGUUGAAUAGCCAAUGCUCUGUGG